UUGGAAGCGUGUUCGAUUCUGUAGAGGAGAGUGAAAGUUCAGAUCAAUGGCGGGGGUGUCGCUGAGGUGCGGGGAUUGCGGGACUCUUCUGAAGUCCGUAGAGGAAGCGAGAGAGCACGCGGAGCUCACCUCUCACUCCAACUUUUCCGAGUCAACUGAAGCAGUCCUCAAUCUCGUCUGCGCCGUCUGCGGCAAGCCCUGCCGAUCUAAAACAGAAAGUGAUUUGCAUACCAAAAGAACUGGGCAUACAGAGUUCACAGAUAAAACUUUAGAGGCUGCAAAACCAAUUAGUUUGGAGGCUCCGAAGGUGACAUUGGAGACUGAAGAUGCUGUUGAUGCAAGUACUAGUAAUCAGCCUGCUGAAGGUAAGGCUGGUACUUGCGGUAUGACUGUGACAAUGCAUGGUUAGAACUUAGGAAAUGGU